AUGUCUGACCCGACUAUCAAGGGACUGGUACCUAGCCAAGUAGAAUAUGACGGUUCGAACCUGCGCGUUGCGAUCGUACAUGCGCGAUGGAACAAGACCGUAAUUGACGCACUGGUCGCUGGGGCUGUAGAAAAGCUCAAGGAGCGGGGCGUAAAAGAGUCUAACAUCGUGAUUGAAUCAGUUCCCGGGAGCUUUGAACUUCCACUUGCGUGCUCCAAAGUAAUCUCCGCCUCACAGACCCAAGCGAGUUCGACCGCCACAGAUCUUCUAGGCGGCGCAGCCUCUUUGCUCUCUUUAGAUCCUCAUGCCCCACAGCGCAUUCCCUCUCCUGCCCCCGGUACUGUGACUGUGAAUAUGCCAAGCAAGGCAUUUGAUGCAGUUAUUGCUAUUGGUGUACUCAUCAAAGGUUCUACCAUGCACUUCGAAUAUAUCUGCGACUCAGUGUCGCACGCCUUGAUGCGCCUACAAAUGGACACUGGUGUUCCGGUCAUCUUUGGCGUUUUAACAGCACUCACUGAUGACCAAGCUUUGGAACGAGCUGGCCUUGGUCGCGGGCCCAAUGGCAAGGGGCACAACCAUGGAGAAGAUUGGGGUCUGGCAGCCGUAGAAAUGGGAUCACAUGUCCAAAAAUGGGCUGCAGGGAAGUUUUGA